CCAAACACGCCUAACGGAACCGUUCCAAAGCUUCUUCGGCUUCAUUGUUUUAUUUCCCCUCUGCGAGUUUCAAUUGCUUCUUUCUCGGGAAAAUCUUCCACGACGUGUUUUCCCGGAAAAUCUCCUUCUCCGAUUCCAUCUAAUCGCUUCCGAGAUCGAAAUCAACGUUCAUCUCUCCACUCUCCGGCGAAUUCUUCUCUCCCAUUCGUUUUACCGCGAGUUCUUGAAACGAAUAACGAGAAAAACCACUCGAAUUUUCGUUCGUUGGUGGCUUCAUUGUUCAAUUCAGGGUUUUGGAAUCGGGUUUCGGUGUUCGUAGAGUGGUGCCAAGAUUCGAAACGUGUGUGGUUAUACUCCACAGGUUACAUUGCCCAGAACCUGGGAGGUUUCGGUCCCGAAUUGUAGGAGUAUUGGAUACGCUGGUUUGAAUUGAUUUGAAAUUAGGGUUUUGGUUUGAGGGAAAAUCACUGUUACGAAUGUUCACGAUAUGAUAGUUAAGCCGACGGCGAAAUUUGAAAUGCCGAAACUCAAACGGUGUAAGCUUGAUGAGCCUGAUGAUUCCGAGGGCUCUGGGGAGUCUCCGGCGGUUGCGAAGAAGCGUAGGGUGAAUGGGUUUUACUCUCUGGGCAUGCCUGGUGAUGGAGAAGAUUUCAGCAGUGGUUCUGGUUCUGGGACCAGUGUAGGGUCGCAUUGGGGUGGUGGUGGUGGUGGUGAGGUUCAGUCUAAUUCAAAUUCUGCACCUCCGAAUGGUAAAACUGCGGCGAAGGACCCUCGGCCUCCGUUGUUGCGGUCGUCUCGCGGCCGCCUUCAGAUGCUACCGUCUAGGUUCAGUGACUCGGUUAUUGAUCCGUGGAAGAAUCGAGGAAUCAAAGCCGCGGAGGACGGAGAUUCCAGCUUCGAAGAUGAUAGGGCUGACAUCAGUACAGAGGGAGUUUUGAAAAUUGACAUGAGUGAUAGCCAUGGCUUGAACAAUUCAGUGUGUUAUCCGUGUCCUGAAGUGAAGGAUGGCCAAAGGGAGGGUGCUGAUUCGUCUGGUAAUGGCGGAAGGACUGUGAAGACUGAGAGUAACACGUCUGGUCUCAGUUUUGAUGGUGAAGACCAAAAGCCUGAUGUGAAUGUUGGGAAGAGGAAAGAGAUUUACAAGCCAGAGGAUUUUGCUUUGGGUGAUGUAGUUUGGGCUAAAUGUGGGAAGCGAUAUCCGGCAUGGCCUGCUGUGGUAAUUGAUCCCAUCUUGGAGGCUCCUGAAUCCGUUCUCAGCUGUUGUGUUCCUGAUGCACUUUGUGUGAUGUUUUUUGGCUAUUCAAAAAAUGGAUCGCAAAGGGACUACGCGUGGGUGAAGCAGGGAAUGAUAUUUCCCUUCAAGGAAUUCAUGGACAGAUUCCAGGGGCAGACCCAGUUGUACAAGAGCAAACCAAGUGACUUUCGCAUGGCACUGGAGGAGGCAAUGUUGGCCGAAAAUGGUAUUCUGGAAUCACAGUUGGGAGCAGAGGAUGUAACUGAUGUAAAAGCUCAUCCUUAUGAACUUAUGGAGGCCACAGGUUCUUGUGCUGAUCAGGAAUACUACUGCCAGGAUCAGGAUGCAAGAUAUUGUUCGGGCUGUGGUUUGUUGUUGCCAUGCAAAACCAUGAAGAAGAUUAAGGAUUCAAGUCACACACCUCAAUUUUAUUGCAAACAUUGUGCUAAGUUACGAAAAUCAAAACAAUAUUGUGGCAUUUGCAAAAGGAUUUGGCACCAUUCUGAUGGUGGGAAUUGGAUAUGUUGUGACGGUUGUAAUGUUUGGGUGCAUGCUGAAUGCGCUAAAAUUUCCACCAAACUUUUCAAGGAUCUGGAAAAUUCAGAGUACUAUUGUCCAGAAUGCCAGGGAAAAGUCAAUUGUAAAGUACUAGCACCGAAAACGCACAAGUCGAAAAUCAAACCAACAGAGAAUGGCCAAAAACCUAUGAUACCUGAGCAGGUAGUGGUGGUCUGCAAUGGCAUGGAAGGAAUUUAUAUUCCAAAGCUUCAUUUAGUUAUGUGCAAGUGUGGCUCUUGUGGUUCAAGGAAGCAGACACUGAGUGAAUGGGAAAAACAUACAGGUUGCAGAGCCAAAAAAUGGAAACAUAGCGUGAAAGUGAAAAGCACAAUGCUACAACUAGAAAAAUGGAUCACAGAGCACAUUCCACAAGAUGGAAUUCCCCAGGAGUUAGAUCAGCAGCAGGUACUUGCCUUUUUGCAAGAGAAGUAUGAGCCAGUACAUGCAAAAUGGACAACAGAAAGAUGUGCCAUUUGCAGAUGGGUUGAGGAUUGGGAAGAGAAUAAAAUUAUUAUCUGUAACAGGUGCCAAAUAGCAGUCCACCAAGAAUGCUAUGGGGCAAAAAAUGUCCAGGAUUUUACUUCUUGGGUUUGUAGAGUAUGCGAAACUCCUGAUGUUGAGAGAGAGUGUUGCCUUUGUCCAGUAAAAGGUGGUGCUUUAAAGCCAACUGAUGUGGAGAUGUUGUGGGUUCAUGUAACAUGCGCUUGGUUUCAACCGCAGGUUGUUUUCCAAAACCAUGAAGCCAUGGAACCGGCGGUAGGGAUUCUCAGAAUUCCUCCUAAUUCCUUUGUGAAGACUUGUGUGAUUUGUAAACAAAGCCACGGUUCCUGUACAAGUUGUGUGAAGUGUGCUACUUAUUUUCAUGUGAUGUGCGCAUCAAGGGCGGGGUAUACCAUGGAAUUGCAUUCUGCGGAGAAGAAUGGGAGUCAAAUAACGAAGAAGCUAAUAUACUGUGCAAUUCACAGAGUCCCAAGUCCAGAUUCAGUACUGGUUAUGCAUACACCCUUGGGGACUUUCUCUCCCGGAACUUCAAUUCCCAAUCAUCAGGGAUGCUUCAGGGGAUCAAGGCUGGUUUCAUCAAAGAGGGUAGAGCUUAAUGAAUCUUCAACCACUGAAAAUGACAUGGUUGAACCACUGUCUGCUGCCAGAUGUCGGGUGUACAGAAGGUCUACUAAUAAGAGGGCUGACGUGCCAAUAAUUCACUUGCUGAGAGGACCGAGCCUUCAUUGUUUAGGUGAAAUAACUCAAUUGAACAGCUGUAAGGAUGCUGAAGAUUCUAAAGUUUUCACUUCAUUUAAGGAACGUCUUCAUCAUUUGCAGAAAAUGGAAAAACUAAGAGUUUGCUUCGGAAAAUCGGGUAUUCAUGGAUGGGGUCUCUUUGCUCGUAGAGAUAUACAAGAAGGAGAGAUGUUUCUUGAAUAUCGUGGUGAGAAGGUAAGGCGUAGUGUUGCUGAUAUGAGGGAAGCAAAAUACCACGCGAAAGGCAAAGAUUGCUAUCUGUUCAAGAUCAGUGAAGAAGUGGUAAUCGAUGCUACAUAUCAGGGCAAUAUAGCACGUUUGAUAAACCAUUCCUGCAUGCCAAACUGCUAUGCAAGGAUUAUGAGUUUGGGUGAUCAAGAGGAAGAGAGCCGGAUCGUUCUCAUUGCCAAAACCAAUGUUUCUGCUGGUGAAGAACUAACGUAUGAUUACAAGUUCGAAGUAGAUGAGCGGGAAGAACAAAAAGUUCCUUGUCUUUGCAAAGCCUCCAAUUGCAGAAAAUAUAUGAACUAGGUUUCACAUUUUUGUUCCUUUGCAAAGCCUCCAAUUGCAGAAAAUUUAUGAACUAGGUUUCACAUUUUUGUUCUUUGAGCAACUGCAGUUGCCUAACCAUAGAGAGUAAACACUUGUGCAUUCAACUUUUAAUUUUUUUUGACCAAACUUUAGCAUAAUUUGUAAAUCAUUUUUUUAUAUAGUUAUAUAGAAAGCUUCUUAGCAAAUUAGGAGAGGCAUUUUUGUAACUUGCCACAGCCCAUGGUUCCUGUAUAUUCUCCAAGGAAAAUUCUGAAUCUUAAUAAAAGAAUUUAAUAAGUAACGCAAGAAUUAUAUGCA